AUGUGGCGACCUCCCACGCCACCGUCGCUGCGCGAGCAGGCCGUCCGUGCCUACAUCACUGGCGAGGUGCUCUGUGACGCCGGGAAAGUGGCGCAGGGCAUCGCCUCGUUCAAGGCGGCGAGCAGCCUGGCGUGGGAGCUCGACGGUGAGGUGUGGCCCGCUUGGGCUCGCGAGCUGCAUGCGCUGCUAUUGUCGGGCGAUCCGGUCGAAACGGCCGCGCCGAUGCUCGUCGGAGACGACGUGCGAGCGCUCCACCCACAGCUCGCGGCGCUGCGCGGCGCAUGCCCGACCCUCGCUACGAGGGAGUGGUGGCGGUCGCCAGAUGCGGUCGCCGCGGUCGCCACGUCGCUGCGCAGGCGGCACUUUGCCGUUGUGGACGGCUUCGCGGGAGCCAGCGCCGCGGUGCGCCUGCGCGGCGCGUGCAAGGCAGCGUCGCUCCAUCUUCGGCCGGCCGCGGACCGCUCGCGGACCGACGCGCGAUCGGAUCAGGUCUGCUGGGAUCCGGAUGGCUUCGGGGAGCUGAGCGCGCGCACAGACGCAAUCGUGAGGCUGCUGCGCGCCGCAGACUGCCCGGCCCUAGCCGCCGUCGUCGGCAGGCAAAAGCCCAUGCUUUCGCGAUACGCCGCCGGGGACUUCUUUCGGAGGCACGUCGACAAUGACUGCGCGCCCGCCGGCGCGUGGGACGCCAGCGCGGACGGCGGCUGCUUGCGGCUGUACGGGCCGCAGUGCGCCACCGCCGACUCCUCCGAAGAAGACGAGGAGGAGGAGGCGGUCGGGGUGGGGCGGAGGCGGUGUGCCGACGCGCAGGCGGACAUUGCGCCGGUCGCGGACCGGUUGGUGCUGUUUCUGGCGGACCAGCGCUGUCCUCACGAGGUGCUGCCGAUCCUCCGCCCAGCCACGCAGCGGUUUGCGCUCACGAUCUGGUACACCGACGCGUCUCCGGUCCCCGAGUUUUGGGCGACGAGCGGCACGCACGACGGGACGCUCGUACCGCUGGACGGGGAGGCAUGUGACAUGCCCGGCAGUAUAAGCGGCAUGUGA